GAUCUCUGUAUGUUUCUGCAUAAGAGGCUCGAAGAAGUAUCGUGUUACACUCGUUCACUUAGAGCUGAGAGGUUCAAGCAGAAAACGGACCAACCACCACAAUUACCCAAGACUUCGACAACCGAGAAAGCAGCUAUCAAAAGCCCCCUCGUCGCUUUUGCAAUUCCAAGAACAAGAGCACUUGCUCCUCCUCAUCAUCAACCAUGGAGCAGCCUUCGACCACACCCCACAUAACCAUCGUACCAUCACCGGGCAUAAGUCAUCUCAUCCCUCUUGCCGAGUUCGCGAAGCGGCUCGUCCACCACCACAGCUUCUUGGUCACCUUCAUCAUCCCCAACGACGGCUCACCGUCUAAGGCCCAGCAGUCCCUCCUCGGCUCCCUCCCUCCCUCCAUCGCCCACGUCUUCUUGCCGCCCGUCACCUUGGACGACCUCCCAGCCGAGACCACCCGCAUCGAGACCAUCAUCGCCCUCACACUGGCGCGCUCCCUCCCCUCCCUCCGCCAUGAGAUGCAGAGGCUACAGGAGUCCACGAGGCUCGUCGCCCUCGUCGUCGACCCCUUCGGCACCGACGCCUUCAACGUGGCCGAGGAGUUCGGCGUCUCCCCCUUCCUUUUCUUCCCUACCGCGGCCAUGUGCCUGUCGCUGUUCCUUCACUUGCCAACGCUGGACGAAGCGGUCUCUUGUGAGUACAGGGACCUACCCGAGCCGGUGAAGAUACCCGGCUGCAUACCGAUCCAUGGGAGGGACCUGAUCAAGCCGGUCCAAGACCGCCACAACGAUGCCUACAAGUGGAUCCUCCACCACGCCAGGCGGUGCAGGCUGGCGGAGGGGAUCCUGCUGAAUAGCUUCGAGGAGCUUGAGCCAAGGGUGAUUGAGUACCUGCAAGGGGAAGAGCCCGGCAAGCCACUGGUCUACUCGGUCGGACCGCUGGUGAACAUAAAGCAGAGCAGCAAGUCCGACGGCUCGGAGUGUUUAAAGUGGUUGGACGAACAGCCAAAAUGUUCGGUCCUGUACGUGUCGUUCGGGAGUGGUGGGACACUCUCAUACGACCAGAUUCAAGAGCUGGCUCUGGGAUUGGAGAUGAGCGAGCAUAGGUUCUUGUGGGUGGUGAGGACCCCUAAUGACAAAGCGGCCAACGCGGCAUACCUCACCGGGGACAGCCAAAUCGAGCCGUUCGAGUUUUUACCCAAAGGCUUUUUAGAGAGGACCAAGGGUAGGGGCUUGGUGGUGCCAUCAUGGGUGCCACAGGCCCAGGUCCUGUCCCAUAGCUCAACCGGUGGGUUCCUCACCCACUGCGGCUGGAACUCAACCCUUGAAAGCAUGCUCAAUGGUGUGCCGCUCAUUGCUUGGCCGCUCUUCGCCGAGCAGAAGAUGAAUGCGCUUAUGCUGACCCAGGACAUCAAGGUGGCGCUCAGGCCGAGGGCCAACGCGGAGAGCAGCCUAGUGGGGAGGGAUGAGAUCGCCAAGGUCGUGAAGGACCUGAUGGAGGGCGAAGAAGGCAGGUUGGUUCGGAACCGCAUGAGGGAACUCAAGGACGCGGCGGCCCAGGUGCUUGGCGAAGACGGGUCCUCCACGAGGGCACUCUCCGAGUUGGUUCUCAAAUGGAAGGCCAAACUUGUAAAUCAACUUCACUAGAAUUGCAUCGCAUCCUAUCAUGUCUUACCUUACCAUUUUCUUCUUGUUAAUCAUAUGAUAUCUUGUUCAAUGCCAUCAGUAGUGGGUUUUUUCA